AUGGACUUGAAUACUUUAAAACAGUUGUUUUAUUUGAUCAUGGUGCAAGUUAUUGUUCCAGACAUUCCAAAAAGAGUUUCACCAAUGUACAGAUUUCCUAAUUAUAAAGGUCAGUUUUUAACAAAUGUGAACAAAUUUGAAAAGCAUUAUAAUCUUAUUAAAACAACAGAAACUAUUCUUCGAAAUGAUUUAGAUGUCUUUUUGAAUGCACCUAAAGAAUAUAUCACAUUUGAAAUAGAGUUACUUUUAAUAUUGCAACAAAUGACCUACGUGUUUAAAAAAAAAAAUGAAACCGAACUCAAGAACUUUAUAGGAACGGUUUGUAUGUUGCUCCCCAGAUGUUUGGAUUUUACCCAUAUUGGUGUCUUCUUGAAUUUAAUAACAAUUAUGUUGAGCGAAAUGCAUAUCAUUCUUUGUCACGAAUUACCAAUGUAUUAUAUGAAAUAUACAAAUGCGAGCACGGAUGAUACGGAAAAAAAACUUGUUAAUGAAAAAAUGGACAAAAUUUUAACAUCUCUACAAUCAACGAUAGAAAAUCAAACAAAAAUCAGUACUAAAUCAUUUGAAAAUGAGCAGAAUUUUAAGGACAGAAGUGUAUUUUUGAUUAGAGAAGCAUACCAUAUCCUGGGUUCUAAUGAUACGAUACCAUAUAUGGAUAUAAUUCAUUGCUUAAAUACGAAAGAUAUUAAUAUAAAUGUUUCCCAAAUUAACAAAAAAACAUUUAAGGUGCCUGAAAUAAGUACCAGAGGCAAUGAAAUUCAACAACAUUCCGUAGAUCCAAUGCAUUUUCUGCAAAUCAAAAAAAAUUAUGCAAAUGAACUUCAAAAAAAAGAAUGUGGUUUAAUACAAUUUGAUGACGAUAUUUCGGCAGUUGAAAAUAUGCAAAAAACUCUGUUGUUUACACUUAGUAGACUUCAACGGUAUUGUACAUAUUCUCUGUUUAAGGAGGAAACUACCAAAAAAAACGGAAACGACCAGGAAACGAACUAUAUUAUAGAUAUGUUACAAGGUAUGUGUCAGAAUAUCCCUUUAAUUUUUAUGUAUUUAAAAGAAAUAAGUUUAAAUAACGUUAAUAAGUUUGACGACGACUCGAUAGAAUUUAGCAUGUAUUUGACGUUCUGCGGCGACUACAAGGGAUACACUGAUGUUCGUUGCACUAGUCAAUUUCUGGACACUAUAGCAAAACGGAAUAUUUUGAAGGGCAGUGCGUAUAAUUGUAUUAGUGAGUCAGUGAAGAACAUUUGGAGUUGGAAUGUAUAUAAAAUAACCAAACAGGUACCGAAAACUACAGAUGAAAAUUAUUUAACCAAUGAAAUCUGUAUAAAGUUGUACUUGAAUUAUCUAACGGAUAUCCAUUACAUCAUCAAACAAUUUUACAAAGGAAAAACCUUGGGCGUAUGGACCACGUUCGAGUGGUUAAGCGGUAAAUAUUUUCUUACCGAAAAUUCUGAAAACGUAGAUAUGAACGAGUUAAAAUCAAAAAAUAUAAUUUACCGAGACGUAACUAUCAGUUUAUCAGUAGCGUAUUAUGCCAUAGUACCGUGGAACUUAAAUACGUUCAGUGUCAUGCAAUUUCACAUGACGAUUGUAUACCAUCUAGUCAGAACGAUGAAUACGUACGUGUACCGAUACGCGCAAAUCUUAUUUAUGUACUUGAAGCGCAUUGGUAGUAGCGUCGGUCUUCAAGUUAUACAAAACAUAAGAGAUAGUGUUCGGUGGUAUAUAGACGGAACAAAAUUAUUUUACAAAUAUCUCGAUUUACCUUUAUACACCGAUACAGACGCACAGAAUGAACCCCCACCAACUAAUCNGCGUUAG